AUGGCACCAGCAGCAGCUGCCGCCCUGGCAAUGGGUAGGACGUCAGCAAUGACGCCCUCAAGUCGCCUUCUCCCCGUCGGUCUACUGCUGCGCGCGCCGAACCAGCGGAUGUAUGGCGGCAGAUGGAGUGCGGCCUGCUGUCAUACCAUGGCUAGUACGGCCACGAGUGGCAGCUUCAGCCUUCCAGAGACCGGGAAAACCCCAGCCUCAGCCUCAGUAAGAGCAGACCCGAUUUCGCCAUCGGCAGCAGUGCUGGAGCGGUACCGGAACCGUCUGGCGGCCAAGGCGCAGAGCGAGGGCGUGGCGGACAUUGAAGCUCUGCGGACGGCGUAUGCAAACAAGAUUACAGAGCUGCGGCGAAAGGACGCCGUGGUGUUGGAUGUGCCAACAGCACAGCAAAAGGAGCCGACCUCCUCGACCUCCUCGACCUCCUCGACCUCGACAAGCCCUUCAACCACGCCCUCCUCCUCCUCGACAACCUCUUCCUCCUCCAGCCGUGGUGCCCGCCCGCUCUCGCCCUUUCUCGACCUGGAAAAGUCGCGUUCGCUAGGUGCGGACGAGCUGACGGCGGUCUGGCGGCUGCGGUUGGCGGCCGACCCGAGCUCGCUGUGCGCGGUGAUCCCGGCGGCGACGUACGCGGCCAUGGAGGCGGCAGCACGGGCACGGCCACAGUUUGUGCUGCCGGUGCCACAUCCAGAACAGGGCGCCGAGGUACACUUCUUGCAGUGGACAUUUGACGAGCAGACGCGCAGCAGCACGGUGCUGUUUACGCAGCUGGCCGAGUACAAGCUGCGUGGUGAGUUCGCGCAGCCGCACACAACGGUCACACACCACACCGAUCUCGCAACCGACUGCGGCGUCGUCCUGAUGCAGGGCCAGGUUAUGACCGAUCGCGGCGCCUCCGUCGACAGUGCCCGCUGGCUGGUCAUGUGUCUGCAGCGCUUCUACGGCGCCUGGGCCAUCCCGGGCACGACGCAGACGACAGAGACUGCUGCAGCCACCCUCGACCGCGAGGGCAUCCGCAACCGGCGCAUGCUGCUGCAAUGGUUUGCCGCUGGCGACCCGCAGUUUAGCAUCGAGCGGCUGAUGGAGGAAGUCGAGAAGCUGGGCUGA